AUGGUCGCAAAGAAUAGUCAACUACAAUUAAGUGACUGCGGAACAAACUUAAGACGGCCACAAUACACUGACAUCUCAGUAACUUGUGGAACCAAAUCUAUUGGCCUUGCUAUCCUCAUCUGCCCUGCCAUUUACACUGGCUACAACGAGUCCCUGCUUAUCCUCAACCACAUCAUGAAUGGCCCAGCCUGCAAGGGAACCCUGGAUGAAAGUGUGACUCCACCUGUCUUGAGGUUUGAAUUCCCCCUCAACACAACCAAUUCUUGUGGCAGCCACUUUAGGACAACCAGCGCUGCAGGCACAGCAAUAUUCUCGGACUUCUCCAACCUCCAAACAGUGAACAUCAGCGGUGUGGUCCGAUCAUAUGAUCCCACCACAGGGACAGUCACAUACAACGCUGAGCUGAAGUAUUUCUACUCCUGUGCCUAUCCCCUAGAGUACCUGAUCAAUAACACCCAGAUUGAUACAUCUGCAUCCUCCAUUGCAGUGAAGGACAACAAUGGUAGUUUCAUCAGUACUUUGAGCCUUAAUCUUUUCAGUGAUGACAACUACAGUUCACCUUUAAUCAUUCCGAAACAGGGUCUUGAGCUGAGGACCAAAAUCUGCGCUCGAGUCCAGGCCACCAACCUGACCUCCCAUUACCAUGUGCUCCUGGACCAAUGCUACGCCUCCAUUUCUCCACAGCCCGACAGUGACAACUCCACUAUCUUCAACCUAUUUGGCCCUUGCAGCACUGACCCACUGACCGUCAUCAAAGAGAACGGAGAGAGUCAACGUGCCUGCUUCUCCUUCCCGGCAUUCCGCUUCAUGGAGCAGCCGAAUGAGAUGAUGUCCACCUACUUCCUCCACUGCAUCACCCGUCUCUGUGAGGAGAGCGCCUGCAGUACUCUCAAACAAUGUAACAACAGGAGGAGAAGGAGUGCUGUUCCUCAAACUGUAGACGGAGUGACAGGGUACACAACCAUUAGCUCCACUCCUAUCGCCAUCAGAGCAGAAAGUGUUGUGGCAAUAAAAGAACAGCAGACCGCCAGCAACAACUCGGACGCUUCUACAGGUCUUGGGGUGGUAGUUGGCUUCCUCUGCAUCCUUGUCAUUAUAAUGGCAGCCGUCUUCUACAGGAGACUCAACCGUUAA